ACACACACACAGACACACACACACCAGUCAGUCGCGGUGGUCCGAGCAGGGACACGUCAAGAGGCUUCAGAGGAGUUUCACGGAGAAAAUGAUGGGGACUCACUGAAGACAUCACAACUUUCCAGUGUAGGCAGCAGUUCGCUGAAGGAACCGAGCGACAGACACCAUGAAUUACGUGGGGCAACUGGCUGGUCAAGUUCUCGUAACAGUCAAAGAACUGUAUAAGGGCAUCAAUCAGGCCACGCUGUCGGGCUGUAUUGAUGUUGUGGUUGUCCGCCAGAGAGAUGGGACCUACCAGUGUUCCCCAUUCCACGUGCGCUUCGGCAAGCUGGGUGUCCUGCGCUCCAAAGAGAAAGUAAUUGACAUUGAAGUGAAUGGAGAUCCUGUAGACCUGCACAUGAAACUCGGUGACAAUGGAGAGGCCUUUUUUGUCCAGGAAACUGAAGAAGAGAAUCAGAUUGUUCCUGCCCACCUGGCCACAUCCCCAAUACCUACCGAGAGUCACCUGUUCUGGAUCUCAGAGGUCGAGAACAGGGCACCUAAAGUUCCAAACGAUGAUCCUUUAGACCCAGAGGACCCACCUGAGCCCCCUGCUCCCAGCACCACUGCCACAAAAAAGAAAAAAAGACGAAGAAAGAAGCACAAAGGAGACCCUCGCAGGGAGGAGCUGACUCCACCAGUGUCGGCCUCUUCUGGUAAUUUUGUUGCUGCUACAACUGCUGCUAUGUCGGGCACUGGGCAAAAUGACGAGAUUUUUGAGAUGGAUUUGAGCUCUGAUGAAGAAUCUGCACCACAUGUAUCAAGGUCUCCUUCAACUUCAACAAUUCGUGACAUUGACCCCAAACUGCCUACAGCCAGACAUAAUCUGCAAGGUUAUCCACUGUCCGAUAGUGAAUGGCCAUCAGGUGAUGGUCAUGGUUUGUCUCAGGCCUUUUCCCCAAAGAGUGACUCAGAGCUGGUGGUGAAGUCUUCAGAGAGUUUGCUCAGGGCUGAGUCCCACAUGCAGUGGACCUGGGGAGAGUUUCCAGAAACUACCAGGAUCACAAAGAAAGAAAAACCUGAACCAUUAAAGACAGUGACCAUCACCCCAUCGGAGAGCACCCACUUUCGCGUCAUCCUCAGCUCAGAGGCCAUGGAGAAUGAAAUGGAGACUGAAAAGGAGGAUGGAGCCCCCUUAACGUGUACCAUAGUAAAGCCUGAGCCACGUACGCCUGUCACCUCUGUAACACCUGACAGUGUGCUAUCAACCAUCAGCACCAUGACCUCUGUGAGUCCUUUAACCCCCACUGAACCUCCUGAUGUCCUUCCAUCCAAUGUGACCACCUCCACCCCUUCAAACACUCAGCAUACUGAAUCACCCUCCAAGAAGAAAGGAGUCCCAAAGAGGAGUCAGCAUCAGGGUCCAGAGGAUAUCUAUCUAGAUGACCUAAAUGUACUUGAACCUGAUGUGGCUGCAAGAUAUUUUCCUAAGAGUGAGUCUGAGGCAACAACAAAGCACUGGAUCGACUCAGAGAUGCACUCUGGUUCCCAGUCUCCACAGUCUGUAGGAAGUGCAGCUGCUGACAGCGGGACAGAAUGUCUUUCUGACUCGCCCAGUGACCUCCCUGAUGUCACCCUUUCUCUAUGUGGAGGUCUCACGGAAAAUGCUGAAAUUUCCAAAGAAAGGUUUAUGGAACAUAUCAUCACAUAUAAUGAAUUUGCUGAAAACCCAGCAAUCAUAGACAACCCCAACUUGGUAGUAAGAAUAGGAAAUAGAUAUUAUAACUGGACACUAGCUGCACCCUUGAUUCUAAGUUUACAGGCAUUUCAGAAGAAUUUACCAAAGGCUACAGAGGAGGCCUGGAUGAAGGAGAAGAUGCCAAAGAAGUCAGGUCGCUGGUGGUUCUGGCGAAAAAGAGCAGAUAGUACGGUCAAACAGUCUGAGACAAAGCUCGAAACCAAAGAGGAGUCUCAGUUGGAGGAGGGAGAACCCUCCAUUUCUCAGGAGAACUUGGCUUUACCGCCCAAAGCAGGAGACACAUCCAGUGAUGAGGAGUCCAAGGAGGUUAGUGCUGCAUCCUGCCAAGAGAGGCUGCAGCCAGGAGAUGGACAACACCAUUCCACCCCACACACUUAUAGGAAGUCACUGCGCCUUUCCUCUGAUCAGAUAGCUAGUCUGAAACUAAAAGAGGGGCCAAACGACGUGACAUUUAGCAUUACCACCCAGUACCAGGGUACAUGCCGCUGUGAGGGGACCAUCUACCUGUGGAACUGGGAUGACAAAGUCAUCAUCUCUGACAUCGACGGUACCAUCACAAAAUCAGAUGUGUUUGGACAGAUUCUCCCACAGUUGGGGAAAGACUGGACCCACCAGGGCAUUGCCAAGCUGUACCACUCUGUGGCCGAGAAUGGCUAUAAAUUCUUGUACUGCUCAGCUCGGGCUAUCGGCAUGGCCGACAUGACAAGAGGUUACCUGCAGUGGGUCAAUGACGGAGGCACCAUCCUUCCACGAGGACCUCUCAUGCUGUCUCCCAGCAGCCUCUUCUCUGCAUUCCACAGGGAGGUCAUCGAGAAAAAACCAGAGAUCUUCAAGAUUGAAUGCCUUACAGACAUCAAGAACCUGUUUCAGAAUAACAAGCAGCCUUUCUACGCCGCCUUUGGGAAUCGAGCUAAUGAUGUUUUUGCCUAUAAAGAGGUUGGAGUCCCACUGUGUAGGAUAUUCACAGUUAACCCCAAAGGAGAGCUGAUCCAGGAGCAGACCAAGGGCAACAAGUCCUCCUAUGGGAGGCUUAGCGAGCUGGUGGAGCACGUGUUCCCUCUGCUGAGUAAAGAGCAGACCGAAGCCUUUUUGAUGCCUGAAUUCAGCUCCUUUUGUUAUUGGAGACAACCUCUACCAGAAAUCAACCCUGAUGACCUGCUCUAAUAGCCAGCCAUCCAUCUACAUGAGACAGGACCGUACUCUAGAGUGCAACACAUGUGGACUGGAUCCUAUACCACUUAGGCACACAGAGCUCUACAAUUACUCUACCAGAGAAACAGGGUUAAGACUAAGCUAAAAUAUAACUUGAAAACUGUAUUUAUUUUAACGAGUGGAGAUUAACACCAGCUAAAGCUUCACCACUGAGAGACAGACUAAUUACUUACUAAUGCCAAGUCAUUACCUAAUGACCAAUCUGUAGUUGAGGUCACUGCGCAGGGAUAGGAAUUUAAAAUGCAUAUUUUUAUCAAACAAAGUGCUUUUAGUAACAAAAAAAGGCACUUGAUUUACAUUUCUAAGCAGCAGUAGUGUGACCUCUGUGUUUGCCCUGACAAAAAAUAAAACAAGAUCGUAAUAGCUGACGGAUAUCAGUUUGCACCAACUGUGAUGCUCUCACUCAUUAGUUAGCAGGGACCCACUGUAGCAAAGCUGCUUGAAGUUCAGUUCUUUUACACUCUUUACUUACAUCGCACAUUUUAUUGGUUUCUUUUAAAGGUCAUGAACUACGUGCAGAGUGAGUUAUGUUUGGUAUUUUUUGUAAUGAAGAUGAAAAAAAAAAUUGGAGAGGAAUGUAUGGAUCCACACUAAGUUGUGACCAAACGAAGCAGCUUUAUGGCAUAUCGUGCAGCAGUUGUUGUAAGAUGUUUGUUCUGUUGUACAAGCUUUGCAAAUCAGUUGUGUUCUGUUAACACGUCGUCAUUAUUUAAAAUUAAUAUAUUAAAUUAUUGAUUUCUGUUGUAAUUCCAUUGUUUGUCAAGAAAAAGUAAUUUAUCUCCAAUGUAAUGAGGAAAUACUUAAAAUGGUAUUUUGUUUGGUUGGCCACAGAUUCUUACGCGCAUAACCAGAGCUUCUUGGCUUUGUCUGAUCUCUCUUCAGUCGUGUCUCCCACACCAAGCGGUUUAUGUUAUUUCAUUUCAUGUUAUGGUGAGGCUCUCUACAUGUAAGGCACAUAUAGAUUCCUAGCAAACCUCAAAGUCUGCAGCUUUAGUAUUAAAACAUGUAAAUAGAAGGGAUGAUGCUCAAGUUGUGACAGCAAAAAUAGGCCAAUCUGAAAGCAGCUUAAAAAUUAAGGAUUUCCUUUUGAAAGUUUCUUCUGUGUGUGUGUGUGUGUGUGUGUGUGUGUGUGUGUGUGUGUGUGUGUGUGUGUGUGUGUGUGUGUGUGUGUGUGUGUGUGUGUGAUGAUUUAGAGAAAUAGUGGUGGGUUUUCUUGUGUUUUGUAAGUCAGAAGUGAGAAUAAAAGCCUAAGUCUUAAAAGAGAAGAGGGUAGCAUCCCCACCAUCUUAUAGCUUCAGUAUGUGUAUUCAAGCAUGUUUAUUUGUAUGACAGAUAAGACGAGAACUGAUCGUGUUCCUCUCAUGAGCAGAGGAAGAGAAAUUAGUUCUGGUUUGGACAUAAACAGGAAAUAUUUGACUUUGUCCAGGAAGCUCCACCUUGGCAUUAUGUGUGAUUUAGAAGAACAUGAUUUAAUGACAAGGAUCAUAUCGUUCUCCCGAGUAUAACACAAGAUCUGCUUGAGAAAACUGAAGUCGCUGGAACAAACAGAACCUGCUAACCGGGACAUAAAAAAGCACAGUGUAAAAGUGAUAGCUACAUCUAGUUUAUCUUAGUUCUUUGAGUAAUGUUGCUCUGAUGUUUUGUGGUUGACAAUGCACGUUUGUUUUUUGAAUCGUUUGCUUCUUCUCUGCAAAGUUUGAAGUUAGAUAAACUUAUCUUAGAAUUAACAAAAGGUAUUUCAUUCUUUCUAUGAAAGUAAAGCAUCUUGUGUGAAAGAAUCACACUUCAUUCUCUGAUUCCAGGAUAAAUGGUAUAAAAUGUUUGUUGCUGUGAAGAAGCAUCUGGUAUAUAUGCUGAUUAUCACAUUUUCUGUCUCGAUGCCUUUUUGCAUAUUAUAAUUUCUGUUUUGUUUGGAUGUAACGCUUGCAAUUUGAUUGUUUCUGACAAAUAUAAGUACCUUAUAUGUAUGCUGUGCUUGAUUUGUAUAGAGAUGUGGUUUAAAGUAUGUUUAAAGAAACAAAUCUCUGGUAAGAAGAAAAAUACAGGCCUAAUGAAACUAGCAAUAUGUGGCUUGUGAUUCUAUUUGUAUUAAAUAUAUAACUAAAUCAA